UCAUAAGAUACCCCGAAGACACCUACAUAUUCACCGGUCAUCUAUCGGACUACACCGUAGCCGGGCAAUUGCCAGGCGUUCAUGUUGCGAUCCAAGUCACCAGGUCUAUGCCUUCCCACGACAGCAACGAGUCUUGGUCUGUUCCCGAAUUGUUCUCGCAGCCUCGUACGACCAAACUUUUCGUUCCUCUCCAGCCUUCGAUUACUUCCGGUCUCGUAAUUAGUCCAUGAUCCUCUCCCUUCUGCACGCACUUCCACAAAUACAACAAUUCCAGGUUCUUUGUGGACAUGAUUACUCGGAAGAGGAAAUACGUGCUUUCCAUGAUCAGGUCAUGGUUGCCAUGAACAAUCAUCCGGCAAUAACUAUUCAAUAUGACCCCGAUAUGCCAUAUGGGAGGUUCUUAGAGCCAACGCUGUUUCUUACUGGGGGUGACUUGGAGGCUAAAAGGAUGGAAGCGGCAGGACUGAUAACGGUACGGACUGGAAAGUGCGAUUCUCUUGCACUACGCUGAACGAAGUCUUUAUGCAGAGCCUGAAAGAACCAACGACAUAUGAGGAGACAACCUCACCCGAGGUAUAUAAUCUGACUUACACAGAACCGCUUCGUCGGCAUGGGCACACUAUCGAAGUGUGCAAUCAUUUUUUGCGUCAGAUGAGAACCAGCACUCGUCAAAUAUUAUUGUAACCUGGUUUCACUGUUCCAGAAUAUGUAUGCGGGCUGUAUAAAUG